CGAUCCUCAUGUACCUUCGACGUAUUUAGGCUUUCAGCAAGUAGGGUUUCUGAAGAGUGACAGGAAGGAGCGGAAGGGGAGGAAAGCGGCAGCCAUGGUUCUCAAGACUGAGCUCUGCCGCUUCAGCGGUGCCAAGAUAUACCCUGGCAAGGGUAUCAGAUUUGUUCGUUCUGAUUCACAGGUUUUCCUCUUUGCAAAUUCGAAGUGCAAGAGGUAUUUCCACAAUAGACUGAAGCCUUCGAAGCUAACAUGGACAGCCAUGUAUAGGAAGCAGCAUAAGAAGGACAUUGCUGCUGAGCAAGUAAAGAAAAGACGUCGUGCUACCAAGAAGCCUUAUUCAAGGUCGAUUGUUGGUGCUACCUUGGAGGUGAUCCAAAAGAAAAGAACAGAGAAGGCAGAAGUCCGAGAUGCUGCCAGGGAAGCUGCUCUACGUGAAAUUAAGGAGCGGAUAAAAAAAACUAAGGAUGAGAAGAAGGCGAAGAAAGCAGAGGUGACUAAAACACAAAAAGCACAGACCAAGGGUAACUUACCCAAGGGUGCUGCGCCAAAGGGUGCCAAACUUGGAGGUGGUGGAAAGCGCUGAUUUGCCAGCUAUUGCCCUUUGAAGCAGACACCAGAUAGGUUGUUUUUCCAUUCUGGAGAUUUUGUAUGGUUUGACUUAGAUGUCCAAAACUCUGUUGGAGAGAUAUCCCUAUAAUUUUUCAAGUGCAGUAGCUUUUUAAUCUUUG